AUGUUUUGGGGAUUUUGUGAGGCUCUCAACUUGUUAAAAGAAUACAAGAAAACGCUCCCCGAAAGUGAAUCGGUUCCGGAAACAUUAAAUAUAUUGCUAUUUGGCAGUGGAGAUCCGCGGCACAUUCUCGCGACUGCUUCGCAACUCUUCGAAAAUCCUCAUAUAAAAAUCAACGUGUACCUUGUAGAAGGAUGUAUCGAGCUCAUCGCACGCCACAUGCUACUGAUAUCAAUUGCGUUCGAGGAUUCGCAUCUGCUCUCCGUGAAAGGAAAAACACAUCUGUACAUGGACAUUUUAGGAAACAAUCUACUUCGUCCUUUUAGCAGUACAUAUUUGAGUAGCAAAGCAAAGGAGCUUACCGGCAUCAUCACUGAUUCGGAAUACGCACAACAACAAGCAUCGAUCUUUAAUUAUGAUGCGCUGAAGUACAAGGAACGUGAUCAACUGGAAAACGUGUUCCACUUCUGGACAAACGCCUCCGAUCACGUGUUCAACAUUGCGCGUUACUGGGACGACCGAAUGCGCACGCAGCUUGGUGUGCGAUACGAUCAUCGUCAGGGAGCUUUCGAUUGGGAUUUGCAGAUGAGACUACGUGAGAAUGGCGCCAAACAGAUAUGUCCGCAAGAGUACAAACACUGGCGCGAAACAGGAGUUGCCUUCACGUUUCCUGAAUAUGAACAAAGCGAUCCGAACAAAACGAUGGCUGUAGGGUUAAUACGUAAUGGUAACGGAUUCCAACACCGCGGCUCCGUCGGUGAUAACCUGACCGGUCCUUUCAUUUCUUUUGGACAGAAGUGCCCCGACGAACGACUUACCCUAUCCAAGCAUGGAGUGAACGAUUUUCGUUCGACAGAUAUAACGGAGCGAAACGUGUUGCAAAUCAUGUACGAAAUUCAGGAACGUCAGCCGUAUCGGUUCAAUCUAAAAGACAUCCACCAGUUCGGCUCGCACCAACUUGAUACUGGCAAAAAUCUCAACAAACAUGAUGCACGAUCCUGUCUUCCAAGCGCCAUGCGAUACGAUAAACCACUCGUGGGACACGAGAAUUUGAAAAUAUACUUUCUCUCGCCCGAAGACGUUCUACGAAUGCAAGAACAAGAUCGUUUUGCAAACAAAUUCAACGUAGUAUUUGUGGCCAGCAAUUACUUUGAACUUCUUAAGGAUAGCUUCAACAAUACCUGGGACAAAGGCUGUCUUUUGUGUUUCGAAACUCGCCAGUUAACUGUCUUCAGUAAAGAGGAAAUCAAAGAACAACAUGAAAAGAUAAAAACAUUUGCCAAGUAUCACGCGCUGGAAGCUGUAACGAAUUUUUCAAUCAACAAAAAACAUUCAGUACUGUUUUACAAACAUGUCAGCAAUAAAGAGUGA